AGCGGUGGCAGCGUUUCAUCCGCAUAGUUUUAAAAUCUGCUGUCGGAGCGUAAAACGCUGCAUGUGUCGCAAAGUGGUAGUAAGACCACAACUACACAAACAAACAACAGAAAGAACUGCGCGGAUUUAGAGUCGAUGCAGAUUCACCUGGACAACAACGGUUUCUAACACGAUGGCUGCCUCCUCUUCGUCCUCCUCUGCGGGGGGUGUCAGCGGCAGCUCGGUGACAGGAUCCGGAUUCAGCGCCUCAGAGCUCAUCCCCCCCAGGAAAGUGCUGUACACAUAUCCUAAAGGUGCAGGAGAGAUGAUGGAAGAUGGCUCCGAUAGAUUUUUAUGCGAGUCUGUAUUCAGCUACCAAGUGGCCUCAACACUGAAACAGGUCAAACACGAUCAACAAGUGUCUCGAAUGGAGAAGCUGGCGAGCUUGGUGGAGGAGCUGGAAGCGGACGAGUGGCGAUACAAACCAAUCGAACAGCUGCUGGGAUUUACACCGUCUUAAGUAAAGAUGACCCAGAUGCCUUUGGUUAAUAAAUCAGCCAAGUAUAAGGAAAAGGGAAGGAGCUACUUUUAUUUCAGUUCAUAAAUUAUAUCCCUCCUUUUAUGGGUUUGUGUGUGAAAUGUUACCUGGAGAUAUACAAUGUGAGAUGUAAUAUUUCAUCACUCCUUUUAUUGUAUGAACAUGGUUAACUUAAAAUCUUCUAUAAUAACUUCAACAAAUUAAACUUUUGUAAUAGAUUGUUAAUACUUUUCAACUGGUUUAAGCUGAUAAAGUGUUGCCAGUCCAGUCUGCUCUAAGGCUGAGAUAAGAAAACUAUCUUUGCUAACGUAAUAAAUCCCCUGAAGUGAGACGUUGUUUUUCCACUUGGCUGCUCUGUAACUCCUGAAUCUGAAAACCCGGUGCCUGUUCAGUCCACCCUCCUCUCUGUGUGGAUCCUGGUCGCUGCUCGCUCUCUGCGAAAACAAAGAAAGCUUGUAAAUAAAGUCACACGUCGACAUGU